AGGUAAAUAAGCCAAGACAUGCACCCACCCCAAUUUCACGUGAUUGUCACUUAUAAAUUUGGAUUUGUGUCGAUAUAAACCAAAAAUUACUUAUAAGCUACUGUCGAGAAAACUUAAAAUGCAAGGAGUUUUAGGAUAUACAUUUUUAGGAACAGCUACUGCAGCUGCAACAGCGUUAACUUUAUAUCAUGUUUUUACUGGCAAAGGCGAAAGGGUGAGCAUUGCUUGGUUUCUGGAAAAUACAUCACCUCAUAUGUGGGCUACCACUGGAAUAGGUCUUGCAGUGGCUUUAUCUGUAGUUGGAGCAGCUGUAGGAAUUCACACAACUGGUGUCAGUAUACUGGGCGGAGGUGUUAAAGCCCCAAGAAUUAAAACAAAGAAUUUAAUAUCUGUUAUCUUCUGUGAAGCUGUUGCUAUUUAUGGUCUCAUUACCGCAAUUGUUCUUUCAGGCUACUUGGAGGAUUUCAAUUACAAAAUGGCACAAACUGAUCUUAGCAUCUUAGCUAAGAAUUGGAUGGCAGGAUAUCUAAUGUUUGGCGCAGGUUUAGCAGUGGGGACAGUAAAUUUGUUCUGCGGUAUAUGUGUUGGCAUAGUGGGUUCUGGAGCAGCUUUAGCAGAUGCCGCCAAUUCCUCCCUGUUUGUCAAAAUCCUCAUAGUUGAAAUUUUUGGGAGUGCUAUUGGGUUGUUUGGAUUGAUUGUCGGAAUAUAUACUGUGUCUAAAGUUCAAAUGGGAAACUGAAGCAGUUAUUUUUUUAGUAUUAAUUUAGUAUUAGCAAUUUUGUUAACAGUUUUAGAAAACGAGUUUCAAAGACAUGUAUAUAUAAAGUUAAAUCCACGAUUUAAUAGUAAGGUAUCAUAUAAUAAUGUUGGAAAAAUAGAAUUAGUUGAAACAUA